AGCGAGACUUCUGGCCAGUUAUUAAUCAAAAACCCUCUGCCUCGAAUGCCAGCUGCACACCAGGCUGGAAUACAACAUCAAAUCAACCGACUACAGCAUUUUCACACCCAGUCUCCAGUAUAUGUGGCCAAACCUUCUUUUGAACUAAAAGAUUUUGAGCUUUUGGAUACAUUAGGCACAGGCACUUUUGGAAGAGUUUAUCUGACAAAAUUUAAUGAGACUAAUAAAUUCUAUGCCAUGAAGGUCUUGAAAAAGGCAGAAGUGGUCAAGCUCAAGCAAGUUGAGCACAUAAUGUCUGAAAAGAACAUUCUUGCCUCUAUUCGAUUUCCAUUUGUUGUUGAUCUAUUCUGCGUCUUCCAAGACUCGGUCAAUCUUUAUAUGUUGCUUGAAUAUGUGGUUGGCGGUGAAUUGUUCACUCAUUUGCGCAAAGCAGGUCGCUUCACAAACGAUAUGACACGAUUCUAUGCUUCUGAAAUCGUAUUGGCAAUUGAAUAUCUUCAUUCAAAGAAUACAAUCUAUCGUGAUCUGAAGCCUGAGAAUCUCUUGAUAGAUUAUCAAGGACACAUUAAGAUUACCGAUUUUGGGUUUGCAAAGAUAGUAGAAGAACAAACUUGGACAUGGACAUUAUGUGGCACACCAGAAUAUUUGGCGCCUGAGAUUAUCCAAAGCAAAGGCCAUGACAAAGCCGUCGAUUGGUGGGCACUGGGAAUUUUGAUCUUUGAAAUGUUGGCAGGAUACCCGCCGUUCUUUGAUGAAAGUCCUUUUGGGAUCUAUGAAAAGAUCCUUGCUGGAAAACCUCUCUUCCCAGGACACUUUGAUUUGCUCGCAAAAGAUUUGCUCAAACGGCUUCUUGUUAGCGAUCGUAACAAGCGAUUGGGCAAUCUACAGUCAGGAUCUGAAGAUGUCAAAAGACACAAGUGGUUUCGAGGUGUUGACUGGAUUGGAUUACUGGAAAAAAGCGUGCCGGCACCCAUAAUUCCCAACUAUCGUCAUCCAGGAGAUACAAGUAACUUUGAAAAGUAUCCAGAAAUCGAGGAAGCUGAGGCUCCAACCUCUGACCAAGAUCAAUACAAGGAUCUAUUCAUCAAUUUUUAAGUCUCGAGUAUAUCUCUUCAUAGAAACCCAUCCAUAUUUUCCAUUCUUCAACACCCAUCCAUUUUUCUAUAUAUAUAUAACUAUAGCAUUUGAUAUUCUGGAAUAAAUUACUGAAUUCAUCCAACAU